AUGUAACAAUAUAUGUAUGGAAUUGAUUAAUUUUCAUUUUGUAAUCAAUAGUUCGAUGAUUGUCAAAGAGAGAGUGUUAUUAUUGGAGAAAUAAAAAAAAGAAAGAGAAGAAGCAGAACAAUCUGCUAAAAUUGCAAAAUCUAUGUAGGUUACUCAAGUACUACAGGAUUAACAAGUAAUAUAAAAGUAUAUCAUAUGCUUAAACUUAGUCAAUCAGGAUAGCAAGAGAUGGAUCAAUCUAUUCAAAUUAGUGGAGAAAAUGAUGUUAUAAGCACUUUUAAUAAGAUGCUUAAUGAAAAUCCUGAAGUGAGAGAUUAGAUUGAGGAAAAGUUAUAAAAAUAAAGUCAGAUGUAAACAACACUUGCGUAAGAUUCAGAUGAAGAAGUUGAGAAGAAUCAUUAAACGUUUUCGAAUGAAUUGAUUUCUUAAGUAAAUGAAAAAGAAUUACAAAGCGAAGACAGAAUUUAUGUCAGUAUGAUAACCAAUGAAUUAACUACCCAAAUUAAGAAAUCCCAAAGAUAAUCGAUGGAUUUAUAGUAGAUUAAUAUUCAUGAGCGGUCAGAAUCUAUUUUUAAUUCAAAACUGAUAAUCAACAAUUCAAACUAAUUAAUUUUAGUACGAGAUGACAAAUAUUACUUAUAAUAUCUGGAUAAGAUUCUAUUUAUUUAACGAUAUGUAAAGUUGAAAUAGGAGAGAGAAAAAAAGGAGAGAAUUGAAAAGGAACAAUAAUUGAUUGAAAAAAUGAAUAGAUAUAGAUUAAAUGUAUUGAAUGAGUUAAUCUAAACUGAAAUAAAGUAUGUCUCAGAUUUGGAGAUCUUGAACAUGAUUAAAAAGGAAUCAAUUGAAAAAUUUCCAAAUAAAGAAGCUGAUAUAAAAGUGAUGUUUCAUAUCUACGAGAUUCUCAAUUUUAAUACUGAAUUUUUGAGUGAACUACAAAAGAAUAACAAUCUUAAGGAUCCAAAUGCUGUCGUUAUGAAAUCCAUAGUUCCUCUACUAAAUGGAUUUAUUUUCUAUUAUGAAUAUUGUAAGGCUUAUGAACAAACCAGAAAAAUAACGAGUCAAUAUGAGGCUAUGCCUGCCUAUUAAUAAUUUCUCAAAGAAAUUAAGUUACAGAAUUUAUUAAAGGGUUAAACAUUAAAUGAUUACACAAUUAAACCUGUUUAACGAUUACCUAAAUACGCACUGCUCUUCAAAGAUUUAUUGAAACAUACAAUGCCUUCCCACCCUGAUUACUAAAAUGUGAAAUGUUGUCUCGAGACCAUUGAAAAGAUUAACGAUAAGAACAAUAGCGAGAUGGAUGUCUUUUUAAAAUAAGCAAAAUUAAUGGAAUUAUAUCACCAAUUUGGCAAUGUCUAAAACCUCUCUGUCUUUAAGCCUAACAUAUUUUUUAUUUUUGAAGACAUUUGUUCAAUCUAUACAAAGAAAAUUGAAUAAAGAAUCGUUAUCUACGCAUUUAAUAAUUUACUUUUAUUCGCUAAAAAAAACAAGUUAAAUGCCUUGAAGUACAAAUUCCAUAUUCCCAUAACUUAACAAUCUUAUAUAAAGGAUAUCAAGGACUCGUUGAUUCUAAAGAAUUCCUUUGAGUUUGUGACUAGAAAUGAGACUAUUCUGAUUGUAAAUGGGGAUAUUAAAACCAAAUUAAAACUUAUGUCGAAAAUUUAAAAUAUCAUAAAUUAAUAAAUUUAAUCAUUUGAAUAAAAAAUUGAUAAAAAGCAAGAGACUAAUUUUUGUGUUAAAGUAGAAAUUUUAGGAAUAGAAAAGAAUCCAAAAUUACAUAAGAAUGUUACAUUCUAUAAAUUUAACUUUACUAUUGAUAAUAUUCCAAUUGUAAGUUUAAUAAGAUUCAGUUAAGUUCUGAGUUUAUUAUAAGUUGUUAAUAAGUAUGAUAAUAAACUGAAAAUCCCAACAAUAACAAAGAGUUUAUAGGCAAAGAAUUAAAAAGUAAUAGAUGAAAGAAAGUUGAGGAUUGAGCAACUAUUGUAAAUUGUUCUCAAUUCUCCAUAGAUAAUGGAAAACGUUGAAUAUUAGAAAUAAGUCUUAGAGAUAUUGAAAAUUGAUCCUAAGUUCUAUAGUUUACCAGAACAAAAAAGAUUAAAACCUGAGUUAUUUUAGAAUAUGUCCAAAUUGAAAUAAAAUCAAAAGAACUCCUAUUUAGAAAUUCUGCAAGAAUUAUAGCAAAAAACUUUUAGUUAGAAGGUAAGUAAAGAUGAUUAACAAGUAAAGAUUGGAAUUGAAGCUCCCCAAUAACCUUAUUGUAUUGAAAUAACUUUAUUGACUGGAUAACACCUAUAGGUUGGAUUCAAAAAAAAUACAAUGACUUGGUUCAUAAAGAGUGCAGUUGCAAAUCACAUUAAUUUAAAAUAUUUUGUAGAUUUCAAAAUUUUCAUAGUGGAUACAGGAGGAAUCAUUCGAGUAAUAGAAGAUGAUGAGAAAAUAUCCUCGUUUUUGGACAAGAGUAAAUCAGGGUUUAUGUAAACGUUGAAAAAGAUGUUUAACAAUGGAACAAAAUUUCAAUUUAUGUUUAAAAAGUAUUUAUACUUACCUUAGAAGUAAGAGGAGCUUGAAUAUCGGCAGGAUGAAACUCGAUUGAAAUAUUUGAUGUUUGAAAUAGUGUUUCAAGCGAAAAAUCAAACAUUUCCUUUAAACUUCUUAGAUUUUUGUUUGAUGACUGCUUAUUAUUCAAUUGCAACCCUAUAAAAAAUUGACAAGAAUCUAUUGAAAAAAGCAAUUCCGAAUUCUGUUAUUAAAUAGCAUUCAGAAAAGCUGUGGUUUGAAUAGAUUUAAAGGGAAGCAGCAUUUAGAGAAAAGUAACUUUAGGAAUUUUCAACACAAUCAUAGUAGAUGUAACCAAAAUAAAAAAAUGGUUCUAUUUAGGGUUUGUCAUGCCUGUUGAUGGUAGCUUGCUUUUAGACUAAUAUGUUGUAUGGAAUGUAAUUAUUUUUUGUAGAAUGUUCAAAAGAAACCUAAUAACUAGUUUAGCAAAGCAAAUUUGGCAUUAAAUUGAGCACUCACGUUUUAAUAGGUUUGAAUUACAAUGGGUUUUACUUCUUAAAGCCAGAGAAUAGAGCGUUGAUAAUUAAAAUUGAUUAUAGCUUGGUUUCAGACAUUAAAUCGUUUCCGAUUGAGUUGACUUGCAAAAUCAAUAAUUGCAAUAUGAUUUUUAAAACUCAAACUCCUUAUGAAAUUAAACACUUAAUUUUAGAAUAUUAGGAAUUAAUUAAAAUUCUAAGUUCUUGAUAAUUAAUUAUAAUUAUUUUUAUAACAUUCAAUCUUUUAACGUA